AUGGAGAAUUUUGAUCACAGGUUUGAGCUAGAAGUUGGAGCAAGACUGCCUGUCAAGGCUCCUUAUCAACUCUCAGGACCUGAGAUGGCCAAGCUAAGGAAACAGUUGGCAGAACUCGUUGAGGCGGGAUACUUGCGUCCAUCUAGAUCUCCUUAUGCAACUCUAGUUUGGUUUCAGCACAAGAAGGAAGGGACAUUGAGGUUGUGUGUCAACUACAGUGUGUUGAACAAGCUGAAAAUCAAGAACAAGGAAGUGUUCAAACUGCUCAAAAUGCAUGAACUCUAUGUGAAGAAGGAAAAGUGUGCAUUUGCACAACAGGAAGUAUUGUUUCUUGGCCACAUUGUUGGACAUUAUCAGAUCCACCUAGAUCUAGAGAAGCUGCCAGAAAUUCGCAAUUGGGAGCCACUUUGUAAUGUUCACGAGGUGAGGCAUUUCCUCGGCUUGGCCAACUACUAUAGGAAGUUUGUUGGAGGCUAUUCCAGGAUCGCAAGCCCCCUCACUGAUUUGUUGAAGAAGGAUAGAAGUUGGAAAUGGGGAGUGAAGAAACAAAGUGCAUUUGAUGCAUUGAAGGAGAAGCUGACUAAGGAGCCAGUCUCACUCUUGAUGGAAGUAGGAGUUCCGAAUGAAUCUGAUUUCAAUAACAACACACUUUCUCUAAGUCUUUGGAAGGCUGAGAGCUCAAGCAGCAAAGGGGUGCACACUAGAAGUUGGGUUGAUGAUCCAUAG